GGGCGAGAGGGAGUCCUCCUUUGUGGUGCAUUGAGAGGCAGAAGAAGACACACCUGUACAUAUCACAUACAACUAAUUAAUACGUGUGUAUAAUGUGUAUGCAUAAACAACCCAACAAGCUUCAAAUUGUCUGAAAUCAUUUACACAGAGCAAACGAGAGAGACGAGACCCAGAGAGAAAGAGGAGACACCAACACCAACACAAAAGGGUUUGUGUCUCUUCUGAACCCCCCCCCCCCCCCCCCCCCCCCCCCUCAAUUUUCUUAGUCGGGGACUCUGAAGAAGAACAAGAGAGGGUGGACAUAUGGAUUUCGACGGCGUCAAUUCGAUUUGGGAUGGGGUAUACUAUCACCCUCACCUAUUUGGUGGUUUAAUGCUCACUGCCGCUUUACUUGGCUUGUCCACAAGCUAUCUUGCUGGGAUCAGUGUUCCACAAUUGCCAUACGUGUUCCCUGAUUUACGACUUUUUCAGAAGAAGAAAUAUCAGAAAAGACGUGUUCGCGUUUACAUGGAUGGCUGUUUUGAUCUCAUGCAUUAUGGCCACGCAAAUGCAUUGAGACAAGCAAAAGCAUUGGGCGAUGAAUUGGUGGUUGGUGUUGUUAGCGACGAGCAAAUCGUAGCAAACAAAGGCCCCCCUGUUCUAUCUAUGGAAGAAAGGCUCACUCUUGUAAGUGGAUUAAAGUGGGUAGACGAAGUUAUAGCAGAUGCUCCAUACGAGAUUACCGAAGAGUUCAUGAAACGUCUCUUCAAUGAUCAUAAAAUUGACUAUAUUAUACAUGGUGAUGAUCCUUGCCUACUUCCUGAUGGAACCGAUGCUUAUGCACUUGCAAAAAGUGCUGGCCGUUACAAGCAAAUCAAACGCACUGAAGGUGUCUCAAGCACAGACAUUGUAGGAAGGAUACUUGCUUCUCAUAAGGAUUCAAAAAGUUCUCAAGAUGACAAUAUAUCAUCUCAGCACACUGAAACUGAUAAUAUGAACAAACUCGAGAACGAUAAGAAAGUUGCUAACAGUCAGCAAAUGUCUCAUUUUCUGCCGACAUCUAGAAGAAUUGUUCAAUUUUCAAAUGGCAAGGGACCUGGACCGAAUGCUCGCGUGGUUUACAUUGAUGGUGCAUUUGAUCUUUUUCAUGCUGGACAUGUCGAGAUUCUUAAGAAUGCUCGGAAACUUGGGGAUUUUCUACUCGUCGGAAUCUAUGCGGAUCAGACUAUCAGCGAGCACAGGGGAAGUCAUUUUCCCCUUAUGCAUCUACAUGAACGCAGUCUUAGUGUACUAGCCUGUCGUCAUGUGGAUGAAGUCAUUAUUGGUGCACCUUGGGAAGUUACGAAGGACAUGAUAACAACAUUCAACAUAUCUAUGGUUGUACAUGGAACAGUUUCUGAGAAAAACUCUACCCUGAAUGGUGCAGUAGAUCCCUAUGCGGUUCCCAAAAGCAUGGGAAUUUUCCGGAUGAUUGAGAGCCCGAAAGAUAUUACUACCACUUCAGUAGCUCAACGAAUCGUAGUUAAUCAUGAAAUUUACCAGAAACGCAAUGCCAAGAAGGAAGCAAGCGAGAAAAAAUAUUAUGCACAGAAGACAUAUAUCACUGGGGAUUGAGAAAAACCACCAAGAAGUUCCCCUCCUGAACUAGCUUUUUCAGAUUUGCUAUUCCCUACCUUUAGUUGAAACUCACAAACAACCAUGUCAAAUUCUGGAUAAGAAGAUGCAAGAAAAUAGGUGAUGUAGAAGGAUGUCCUAUACAGUGUGUUAGUGGUAGCAUUUUAGAUAAUUUUGUUGUAAUUCUCCUAUGAUUCCAUUGGCACAAUGGGUAAAGUCUACCAGCACACCACACACAUGGUUCAUUUUGUAAAGUAAUUUAAUUCUUGAAUAAUUCUUUUGUUUAUCUAGGGGCUUGAGCUCCUCUCUAUGUUUACCUGGGGGCUUUAGCUCCUGCUUUGUUCAAGUGUAACGGAGAAUGGCCGACUUAGUCGGCCUUGAAAAAUUUGAGAUAAAAUUGUGACCGGAUAUAAGUA